ACGUGCAUAUAAUACAACAGGAAGGAGCGCUUUUGAUGUUAUUAAUUUGUGCAGUUAUUGGCGCGUGCGGUUACACUGCCUUUUAUUUGUUUCGUAGAUAAACAAAACAUUUUGUGUACAGAACCAUCAUAUGAAUACAUUUUAAGGUGUGUAAAUACUUUUCCUCAAGCAUUCGCAAAGAAACGCUGUUAGGUAGCCUAUACUGUAUAGUAACAGUCAAACCUUCAGGAACUAGAGAAUUCUGUGGUAUCAUAAAAUGACGCCUGUUAUUGUUCGAAUACUAAAAUGCAUUCUGGCGUUCUAUUCUUUGAAAGCAAGCAACUUGAAGACUGCGACUCCCUCAGCGCACACACACACACGAGCACAGACACACAGCCCCAGCAUGCGUCCCGCGACAGAACAGCCGAAAAGCCGCUCCCAACCAGCGCCGCCCGGCGCGGCCCCCGGGCCCAAGAGGAGGAAGAGGAGGCCCGGCGGGGGCCGGCCGAAGAGGAGGAAGAACGAGGGCGGGGCGGAGCAGUCGGAGGAAGCGCAGGUGCCGCCGGAAGCCCCGCCCACCUCGCGGCGCGUCCCCUUCAGAAGCGUCCUGGAGGCGGAGGCCAUGUUGGCGUUUGGCGAGCGGCAGGUCGUGGCGGCGGCAGCGGCGCGGGAGCCCAGCGAGGCCCCGCCCCCCCCGGCCCGGCCGCUAACCUGUCAGAGCGCUGAGGUGCCGCGCCCCCCAGGCGCACCUCACCUCGGCUUCCUGCCUCAGAUUGACAGGUGGCUCCACGCCGCCUUGCAGGACGCCGGCGCCUACUACCAGCGCCAGAGAUACGCCACGGCGGCCGCCCGCUACAGCGCCGCGCUGGAGCUCUGCUCCAAAGGUGCAGUUCUGGGAAGAGCCUUUGAUGCUGAUUAUGAAGACAUCUCCAAGGUUACCAGCUUCAUCCAAUCAAAGCUGGUCACCUGUUACCUGCGAAUGAAGAGGCCCGACCUGGCUCUUACCCACUCUCACAGGAGUAUCUAUCUGAACCCCAUCCAUUACCGGAACCACUUCCGGCAGGCGGUGGUGUACAGGCUGCUGGGCCGUCCGCGGGAGGCAGCCAGGAGCGCCAUGACUGCUGACUUUGUGUACUGGCUGAGUGGCGGGUCGGAGCGGAGUGUGAGCGGCGUGAUCAAGCGCUAUUGGCAGGCGAUGCUGGAGCAGGCCGUCGCCCGGGAGGACGGAUUCUCCGUCAUGUACACCCCCUGCCAGGCGGCACCCACCGAGGAGGGAAUCGAAAAGAUGAUGGAGGCCUUCCGGAAGAAGCACCCCGCGUUCACGCAGUACCUGUUCACAGACCCCAGCGGGGGCCACCUCCUGCCCCAGACGACCGACUGGACAGGCCCCCCCUCCCAGAGGUACGCCCUGACCCUGGGGUUCAGGAGGCAGGAGGACGGGAACUUCCUGGACAAGCUGCUCACCAGGAAGUACCCCAUUUUUACAGGAAGCAGGGCGCCGUUCGCGCCCCUGACCGUGGAGGACCUCCAGGGGAUGACGGACAGCUUGGAGAGCAGGAUUCUGCCCGUGUUAGACUUUCUCAAGUGCACCAAGCUCGCAGUGGGUAUACGAGUGCGUUUUAAAACGGCGGCGUGGGCGGGGCUCCUGGACCCUCAGGAGCCCUCCACAGCUCACGCUACGCCAUUUUCCCCCUGGUUUUCCAGUCGUAGACUGGAGGUUUUUGAGAUCUGCGACAAGAGCCCCAAGUCGGAGCCAAGUCGGUGCUCGCACCCGUCACCGGCGGUCGUUAGUGGGGGGGUGGUGUUUGGUGGUGGGGGGGUGGUGUUUGGCGGUGGGGGGGUGGUGCGGACUCCCCCGCUCCAUUCUCAGGCCUGUUUCCCCCCCCAGGUGGGCGUGUCCGCAGGCUCGGGGCUGCUGGAGAGGCUGCAGCGGGCGGAGUACCUGGGCCGCCUGCAGCGCACCACAGAGCAAACGCUGGCCCUGCACCAAGCGCUGGCCGAGCUCGCCAUCGCCCCCUACCUGCAGGACCUCAGCCCUGCAGACUCCCAGCUGCUGCAGUCUCUAAUGGCGGACAGCAUGGACGCCCUGGAAGGAGGACGGACAGAUAAAGAACGAGUGUGGAGCGAAAUGCAGAAGGUGGGGCUUCUGGAGGAGCUGGUGUACGAGCAGGAGGAGAGCUUCCUGAGGGACAAAGCCGCGAGGGGGGGCCAGAGGAAGCCUAAGGCCGCCAGGAAGCCCCGGGGAAGGAAAAGAAUCCCCCCCCCCGCACUCACCCCCCCCGGGCGUGACGACCGGGGCGGCUACAGAACCUCUGCACCCUGACCAGCCGUCCCAGGACUGGAGUUCUGCUGCAGUCCCAGCUACACGGAUACCCAGAGGCUCUUUCACACCCCCGCCCCACUGUACCCAUCAGAGGGGUUUACAGCACUGAGCCCAGUGUGUGUGUGUGUGUGUGUGUGAGAGAGAGAGCGAGACAGUGUGUGUGUCUGC